UCCCCAAAGAUCCGCCAUUUCAGCCUCUGAGUUUUAUAUUGCAAAUUACUUAAGAGAUUUAUUUUAAAACGCCUUGACAAAUAAAUUAUAGAUUUCUGGUUGCCACAAUUAAUUCUUAAUUAAGGGGUUAACUGUAUUGUUUCGUGGGAGUCUGUGAAAUGUACAUAGAUGUAACGGUUUAAAGCGGUAUCGAUGCCAUGUUUUUUUCCCGGAGCGUGUUCCUUAGUGAACCAAAGUUUUUGUAUGAGUUGAAUCCCGAUUGCGAAUAGGGAGAGGCGAGGGGAAGGCCUUGGAUACUCGGAGUGGAUUUGGAGCCAUGGCCGGGAAUUUUGAUGCCGAGGACCGUGCUAGCUGGUACUGGGGAAGGUUGAGCCGACAGGAGGCGGUUUCUCUCUUGCAGGGUCAGAGACAUGGCGUGUUCCUAGUCAGGGACUCGAUUACCAGUCCUGGGGACUACGUGCUAUCCGUCUCAGAAAACUCAAAAGUCUCACAUUAUAUAAUUAACAGCAUCAGCAACAACCGGCAAUCUGGAUCAGGUCUGGCCCCCCCACGGUUCCGCAUCGGGGAUCAGGAGUUUGACGCCCUACCCGCCCUGCUGGAGUUCUACAAGAUCCACUACCUGGACACCACCACUCUGAUCGAGCCCAUCAGCAAGGCCAAGCAUGCAGGCUUCGUGAGCUGUGCCGCCUCUGCAUCAGGCGGUGCCCUACAGGAGGCAGAGUUUGUUCGCGCCCUCUUCGACUUCCCUGGCAACGACGAGGAGGACCUGCCCUUCCGCAAGGGCGACGUGCUGCGCGUGCUGGAGAAGCCUGAGGAGCAGUGGUGGAACGCGGCCAACCAAGAGGGCCGUGUCGGCAUGAUUCCCGUGCCCUACGUGGAGAAGUACCGGCCUGCCUCGCCCAACUCCUUGGUGGCUCCGGCGGCAGGGAGGCCUGGCGGGGCAGGAGGAGUAGGCGGAGUACCGGCAGGUGUUGGAGCCAGCGCUACCGACGGAGCAGCUCCCCAGCUGCCCCCACCUCUGGGGGAGCCGGGCCAGUAUGCCCAGCCUGUGGGCAAUACACCCCUGCCCAACCUGCAGAAUGGGCCUGUCUACGCCCGUGCCAUUCAGAAGAGGGUGCCCAACGCCUACGACAAGACGGCCCUCGCCUUGGAGGUCGGAGACAUGGUAAAAGUGACCAAGAUCAACGUGAACGGCCAGUGGGAGGGCGAGUGCAAGGGCAAGCAUGGCCACUUUCCCUUCACGCACGUCCGGCUUCUGGACCACCAACACCCUGAGGAUGAGAGCUGAGAGACACACUCAGUCUCACUCCUCACUUCACAAAAUCCCUCUGUGAUUUGUUUCUCACAAAUGAUAGAAAGAGCACACAGGAUAUAUGGGCUGGAGUUGCAACUCAGCAGCUGUUGUUGCCAAUGGGGCUGGAGUACACUCCCCUCCCUUCACAUACACACACAGAAUAGAGUUUACACUUCCACCCCAGUAUUGAAGCCCUGAUACACGACACACAGCAGCGUUUAUGACCCCUCUCCCAUGUUAUCCACGAAAUCCUCCUCUACACGCACACAAUUCAGAUACUUGUGUAUAUGUGGCUUCUCUCACAGACUCACCCUUUUGUAGUAACGGACUGUGAACUUGGCAGUGAGAGGAGUAGCCACCCUGGCUCCUAAUUUUGACUCCCUCUUGUGGAGACAGGUGCUCACUGCGACUGAAACCGACUCACAGACUGCAGGAGUUACCACUCCACUACUCACCACAGGGGCUCUAACCCAGCCCCUCUCUGCUACAAACCCCCAAGUCCUCUUUUUGUACUGAAAUGAAAAAUAUUAUGAUAGAAUUAUGACAGGUACAGCAACUGCCAAAAGAAAGGAAACACUUGAGUAAAUGAUGGAUACAAAGUAUAUUGAAAGCAGGUGCUUUCACACAGGUGCGGUUCCUCAGCAAUUCCUAAGCAAUUAACAUCCCAACAUGCUUAGGGUCAUGUAUAAAAUGCUGGGCAGGCCCGGUUGCCCAUUGUUUUGGCUAACAUGGCUAUGCCCCCAUCCACAGGGCAUUAAUGGUCACUGAAUGGUUCGAUGAGCAUGAAAACGAUGUAAACCAUAUGAUGUGGCCAUCUGUCACCAGAUCUCAACCCAAUUGUACACUUAUGCGAGAUUCUGGAGUGGCGCUUGAGACCACCAACAAAACACCAAAUGAUGGAAUUUCCCAUGGAAUGGUGUCACAUCCCUCCAAUAGAGUUCCAUCCAGAAACGUGUAUAAUCUAUGGCAAGGCACAUUGAGGCUGUUCUGGCUCAUGGUGGCACAAUGCCCUAUUAAGACACUAUUGACGUUUCCUUUCUUUGGGCAGAUAUAUAUAUAUAUUAGUACCAGUCAAAAGUUUGGACACACCUACUCAUUCAAGAGUUUCUUUAUUUUUACUAUUUUCUACAUUGUAGAAUAAUAAUGAGACAUCAAAACUAUGAAAUAACACACAAGGAAUCAUGUAGUAACCAAAAACGUGUUAAACAAAUAAAAUAUAUUUUAUAUUUCACAUUCUUCAAAUAGCCACCCUUUGCCUUGAUGCCAGCUUGAACACUCUUGGCAUUCUCUCAACCAGCUUCACCUGGAAUGCUUUUUCAACAGUCUUGAAGGAGUUCCCACGUUGCCUGCUUUUCCUUCACUCUGCGGUCCGACUCAUCCCAAACCAUCUCAAUUGGGUUGAGGUUGGGUGAUUGUGGAGGCCAGGUUAUCUGAUGCAGCACUCCAUCACUCUCCCUAUUGGUCAAAUUGCCCGUACACAGCCUGGAGGUGUGUUGGGUCAUUGUCCUGUUGAAAAACAAAUGAUAGUCCCACAAAGUGUAAACCAGAUGGGAUGGCGUAUCGCUGCAGAAUGCUGUGGUAGCCAUGCUGGUUAAGUGCACCUUGAAUCCUAAAUAAAUCACAGACAGUGUCACCAGCAAAGCACCCCCGCACCAUCACAGCUCCUUCUCCAUGCUUCACGGUGGGAACCACACACGCCAAGAUCAUCUGUUCACCUACUCUGCGUCUCAAAAAGACAGCGUUUUUGCGACUGCUUUGAAACUUUCUAUGUUCUUGAAAUUUUCCAGAUUGACUGACCUUAAUGUCUUAAAUUAAUGAUGGACUGUAGUUUCUCUAUGCUUAUUUGAGCUGUUCUUGCCAUAAUAUGGACUUGGUCUUUUACCAAAUAGGGCUAUCUUCUGUAUACCAACCCUACCUUGUCACAACACAACUGAUUGGCUCAAACUCAUUAAGAAGGAAAGUAUUUCCACAAAUUAACUUUUAAUAAGGCACACCUGUUAAUUGAAAUGCACUCCAGGUGACUGCCUCAUGAAACUGGUUGAGAGAAUGCCAAGAGUGUGCAAAGCUAUCAAGGCAAAGGGUGGCUACUUUGAAGAAUCUUGAAUAUAAAAUAUAUUUUGAUUUGUUUACCACUGUUUUGGUUACUACAUGAUUGGUUACUAUGUUCUUUUAUAGUUUUGAUGUCUACACUAUUAUUCUACAAUGUAGAAAAUAGUAAAAAUAAAAACCCUUGAAUGAGUAGGUGUCAACUUCUGACUGGCACUGUAUAUAUAUCAUUACAUGCUAAAUAUUAUGUUUAAAUGUUUUUUUUUUUUUUGCCCUGUGUGUGAACAAACCCUCACGCUUUGUGUGGUCACUGUUAUGCGUCUAUCUGAAACACUAUGAUGACUGUCUGGGGAGGAAGGGGAGACAUUCCUUAGGACUGUCAGGUAUCGGGCCUUUGUCCAGUCCGCCUCAUUGUUUUUGGUCAUAUAAGGAGGGUAUACAGUGGCCAGACAAUGACAGAAAAAUGUAAAUAUACCAACACCGCCCUCUCUCCUCUUACUUUGAUUUGCCAAGUCCCCUCCUCUCCCAUCCUGUCAGUCUCCUCCACCUGUCAUUUGUUACAUGGUCUGAUCCAUUUCCUCCCGGACCUCCCCUAUGCUAAAGACAUUAGAGGCACCUACAGAUUACAGUUGUGUUUUAGUACAUAAAGGCCUUUUGGCAGAUGGAACCUGUUAACGUCACAUUUGAAAUGAUGCAGACUUAGUUCCCAGCACUGUGAUGCAUAAGUUCACAUUGUCACACUGGACAGAAAGCCUUAAUCCUUUGGUGUCUCCCCUCGUUUUCCUCCCACGUGGUCGUAGCAAACAGAGUAAAUAUACAUACACGUUCUUAAGUUGACUGAAUUCAUUGUUUCUGUCAGCUACGUUUCAACUGGGAGCUCGAAGUUAGGUCUGGGUUGUAUUCAGUAGGGCACCAUGUUGAAAGUGUUUUAAAAAGUUAUGCAACAGAAAACGAUAUUGAAUGUUUCUUAUCGGACAAGUUUGGGUAGUACCUCCCCGUUUCAAAACCUUUCCUCCCGACUGAACAUGACCACGUUAAUUUCCCUAGUGUCUCCCUUUCGUGCCAAUCUAUCAUCCUCUCACCCAGUACCUACCCUCUGGGCACAGUUAUGACACAUCCAGCCGCUGGCGUGCCAGAUACACCGCAGUAUGCUAAACGUCCUCGUCAGAUGAUUACACUACAUUGCUAAAGGACUGUGUGGGUGAAAGGCACAUCGAUCAUAGUAACAUGGGUAGGUAUAUUGACCAAUCGAAGGCACAUGUGAGUGUUUUAGGCCAAUCAUCGUCAUUUGGGGAGGAUCUGUUUAUUUUGUCCCUUCUACCUCGUCUGAAUUGUUUUAAUUGAUGUUAAUUGUCUUUCCGAAAUAGGAAAAUAACAUGACCUGAAGUGCCAGGCGCAGUUCAUCUGUAUUUUUGUGGAAAUAUUGGUAGAUUUUAUUUCCUUUUUUUUUUGCCAACCGAACAAUUAUAGUCCAAACACUCUAUACCCUGUGGUAUUAUUGUGUAAAUGUGCAUAGUUGCUCAACUUUCCCAACAGUGUAAGAACCCACGUUCCUUCCAAGUCCAUGUCUAUGAAGCUGCAAGACUUUUUAAUAAUGCUAAGAGUUAGAAUAUUAAUUACAAACCCUGUGUAGAUGUUUUCUAUGUUAAAGUUUACAAAGACACUACCGUUUGCUCUAUUGAAGGCAGCACUGAGGGCAAUCUGCAUAACUUGUGUUGUAUUUACGAGACAAUGAACAGUUAAAAUGUGUCUGUAAAAGUUUGAAUGGUUUUAUGCUCUGUAUGUGAUAUAAACAGAGUUCAGUGACAGGAGGAGUAGUAAGGCAAGAGGAUGAUUGAACUAUGACACACUACAGAAAGCACCAGGGUUGUGUUCAGUAGGGUACAAAGUAGCAAAAUGUUUUGCGAAGGGGGUAAAACAAACAGUUCUUACUGGUCAAGUUCAGGUAGUAGGCUACCUCCCAGUUUCACUGUUUUGUUUUCUCCCUACUGAACCCGACCACAACCAGACUCGUGUUGCCCGGGUUAAAUAAUAUUUCUAUAUGUUUUAAUGAAUUAGAAAUUAUGCAAUCUGUAUUUAGCAAUGACAGAGAUUUACACAAAUAAAUGAAUGACAAACUCAAACUGAAAAUAUGACAUUAAACUGCCUGACCGAGUUCUCCUAUUGCAUAACUUUGAAUGAUUUGUUUAAGUCAAUACUGCAGAUUGGGAAGGGUGCUGUGGACAUGUACCUGACACCUCUAAUUUUCCCUUUCUAGUUUUCUUCAACUCUGUUGUCAAUACUGUUUGGAUUUCUUGAAAGGAAACAAAUAAUUGAUGUGCUUUCUGUUGGUCUUUGGCUUUUUAAUGUUGUCCUCUGGUAUGGCACUGAUGGGUAUGUAUUUUACCAUUAUGUUCAUAGUGUAAGAAGUUGUUGUACUUUGUUUGGUUAACAUUGCUCAAAUGUUCUCGAAUAUUUCCCACCAACACCAUUCUGCAAUGUGUUGCCAGUUGAGCCAGGUCAUGUUGUGUCUGUUUGUACUUGCAUGUUGCAUCCAGUGACACCCGUCUGUCAUCCAACCAUCUCAGGCUUGCCUUGAAGAGACUGUCUCCAUUUCAUAGAAGGCCAUGAUCAUAUGAUACUGUUUUGUCUAGUGGAGUAUAGGCCAGUCAGGUGAAGCAACUUUCGCCCUUGGACCAACGAAUACUUGGAUUUUAAUGAGUGAUUUUUAAAAUGGUGUCCUUUCACAUUUUUCAACGUUGAAUCCCUUUUCUGCACCUUAUCUCUUAUAUUGCCUCUGUUACUGAUGAUUGUUUUUUAUGCCUCAUCAUCAACUGUUUUCAUCCUCCUGUAUUUUUGUAGGUAAUUCCACAGAAACUGAAUUACGCUGAGACUCUGGUUUAAAAAAAUAAAGAAAUGUUAUGCCAAACAAAAAAACAUUUUAUUUUUAAGUUUAAUAACAAACCAUACAACUAUGCACAAUGACUAAUUUGAACAAUUUGAACAGUAAAUUACAAACCAAAAAAUAACAUUUACUGGAAAAACUAUCUGCAGUUUUUCCUGUAAAUAUUUUUUGGUAGUAGUCAUUGUGCAUAGAGUUUGUAUGGUUAAACUUUGAAAUUAACUUUUGUUUGGUAAACAUUUUUAAAGUAAAAUCUCAGCGUAAUUCCAUUACAUGAUAUUUCCCUAUCCCAAUUACAAUUUUCCUUUCGUGCCAUCCCUUUUCUUUUGAAGAGGACAGGAGUGGGUGAAAAUAUAAAUAAUUGAUUUUAAGAUGUUCCAUUGUGAUAUAACACUAUUAUUUGAAGUUCACAUUUUAGCUUUUAUUUUCUGUAGCAUGUAAUGUGUUAAUAUCCUUAGUAAAUAAAAACCUAUUACAAUUGUG